AUGCUCGCCCAUCGAACCGUCGACCUUCUACGACAAACAAAUGGUGAACCGAUAGAGCUUCGGAAUUACCUCACAAACGCCGUGGGGAACGUAAUCAAUCAGUUGGCUUUCGGAUUCAUUCGACCACAUGAAGACAAGGAAAUCAUCGAAUUCCAGACUAACCUGAACGAGGUCUUUGAGCAUUUCACAAAUCCAAAAAUGCUACUUCUUGAUAUCAUGCCAUUUUUACGACAUUUUGAUCGAUUCAUUGGACUUGGUAUCAAAACGACACUACAUGGGAACGAUGCUAUUCUAGAAUUUAUCCAAAAGCAAUAUGACUACCAUAAAAAGACGAUCAACUAUGACCAGGAACCCACAAAUUAUCUUGAUGCUUAUCUCCACGAGAUUAAACGAAGGAAGGACGAAGGCGUUGUAGAUGAAUUCACCGAAAAACAGUGUAUCACAGCGAUCUACGAUCUAUAUAGCGCCGGUUUGGAAACAAUCGUUAUUACUUUACGAUACUGCUUCCAUUACAUGCUCAAUUAUCCUAGUAUACAGGAGAAAAUUCACAACGAAAUCGAUAAUGCCAUUGGGCGGGAAAGGGAUAUAACCAUGGACGAUCAAAAAAUCCUCCCACACACUUGUGCUUUUCUACAAGAAAUCUACCGUGCUGGCUACGUACUCCAUGUGAAUUUUCUACGAAUGACGUUGAAGGAUGUAAAUUGUGAAGGCUACAAACUGCGAAAAGGUACCCGGGUCAUUCCUCAAUUCCAGUCUGUUCAUAUGGAUGAAUCCAUCUUCCCUCGACCGGAACUAAUCAUUCCUGAAAGGCAUCUGAAGGAUGGUCAAUGCAUAAAGGAUGAUCGCAUUAAUGGAUUCUCCGUGGGAAAACGAGCUUGCCUGGGAGAAAAUUUGGCCAGAAUGGAGGUCUUCAUGUUCUUUACUUCGCUCAUGCAGAAGUUCCGUUUCGAACCCGAAGGAUUAUAUCCGCCCGAACUCGAGCUGUUGAUAUCCACUUUCCGCGCUCCACUUCCAUUCAAGAUUCGUGUCAUAGACAGAUGUUCAAAGUAA